CCAGAGGGAUACAGACACGCAUAGCGAAUAUUACAGAGAGCAGCCAUUACCAACACGGACAUCUACAGUAAACUGGUUAUCACCCAUUCUUCUUUUUGUCGUGUAUGUUGAGGAAAUACAAAGGAUUUUCUUCUGCUUACAUUGGGACAGCAGUGGGAUUCGUGCUUGAUGGAAAUGCCUGACAGAACAAUGAGGUGGCAAGUGCUGUUGUUUAUCUACAUCAUUUCUCUGACUUCAGUGCUCGGGCAGGUCAGUUAUUCCAUACCCGAGGAAAUGGCUAAAGGCUCAUUAAUCGGUAACAUCGCUCAGGAUUUAGGUUUGGACCGAAAAAGACUUACCUCGGGCAACGCUCGGAUUUUUACAGGAGACAGCGCAGAGUACAUCGAGCUGAACAGAGAACGAGGGGUCCUUCUUAUCAAAGAGAAAAUAGACAGAGAAGCACUCUGUGCACAGACGACGCCCUGCGCGUUGCAUUUCCAGGUUAUUUUAGAAAAUCCCAUGGAGUUCUACACUGUUAUUGUCGAAAUAAAAGACAUAAAUGACAACACACCGAUGUUUGAAAAAUCUGACAUGAAAUUUAAAAUAAGUGAGUCUGCCGUAAUAGGAGCCAAAUUCUUGUUAGAGAGGGCAAUAGAUCCCGAUGUUGGCUUAAAUAGUCUACAGAGUUACUUUCUGACAAAAACCGACAAUUUUGCACUAAAAUUGAAAGAUCAGCCUGAUGGAGAAAAGAUAGUUGAAAUGGUUUUACAAAAAUCACUUGAUAGAGAAAAACAAGAGGAGAUAUUUUUAGUGUUGACUGCUGUUGAUGGAGGGCAACCAAACCUGUCUGGUACAGCACAGAUACAUGUCACAGUUUUGGACGUAAAUGACAAUGCACCAGUUUUUACUAAGACGAUAUAUAAAGCUGCAAUAUCUGAAAACUCACCUAAAGGGACCGUAAUAACCAGAGUCAGUGCUUCAGAUGCGGAUAAAGGAUCAAAUUCAAAGAUAUCUUAUUCGAUAUCUAACGCUGCAGCAGAUGUUAGGAACAUGUUUGAGAUUAAUGAAAUAAAUGGGGAUUUGAUCUCGAAAAGUGCUGUAGAUUAUGAAAGGGCACGAAACUAUCAAAUACACGUGCAAGCCAGUGAUGAAGGAGGGCUUACAGAUUCAUGUAAGGUAACUGUAGAAGUGAUCGAUGUUAAUGAUAACAAGCCAGUUAUAAAUAUAAUGUCACAAACUAAUGUAAUUCUCGAGGACUCUAAACCAGCAACAGUCGUGACUAUGGUCAAUGUUCAGGACUUAGACUCGGGAGAUAAUGGCAAAGUUCAUUGUACAAUGAAUGAAAACAUUCCUUUUACAUUAAAACCGACAUCGAGUAAUUUCUUUAACCUUCUAACAGACAGUGAUUUAGACAGAGAGGUAGCCUCUGAGUAUAACAUCACAGUGACGUGUUCUGAUGAGGGAGUGCCCUCUCUCUCCAGCAGCGUCACUCUCACCUUACAGAUCUCUGAUGUGAAUGACAACGCGCCUGUCUUUGAGAGGAGCUCAUAUGAGGCCUACAUUGUAGAAAACAACACACCAGGCAUCUCUGUAUUCACAGUAAAAGCCAGAGACGCUGACUGGAACCAGAAUGCCCGUGUUUCUUACAUCCUGGAGGACUCCUCUGUUAACGGAGUAGCAAUCUCCUCAUAUGUUUCCGUCAGUGCUGAUAGUGGAGUCAUCCAUGUAGUGCGCUCUUUUGACUACGAGCAGAUCAAAGACUUCCAGUUCCGCGUCAGAGCGCAGGAUGGAGGCUCCCCUCCACUCAGCAGCAACGUGACAGUCAAAAUAGUGAUCCAGGACCAGAACGACAACCCCCCUCAGGUCCUGUACCCAGUCCAGACUGGUGGAUCAGUGGUGGCUGAGAUGGUGCCUCGUGCAGCAGAUGUGGGCUACCUGGUGACUAAAGUGGUGGCUGUUGAUGUGGACUCUGGACAGAAUGCCUGGCUCUCGUAUAAACUGCAGAAAGCCACAGACAGGGCGCUGUUUGAAGUGGGCUUACAGAAUGGAGAAAUCAGAACUAUCCGCCAAGUGAAUGAUAAAGAUGCUGUGAAACAAAGACUGAGUAUAGUGGAGGACAACGGGCAGCCGUCUCGUUCAGCUGCAGUCAUUGUUAGUGCGGUGGCGGACAGCUUCCCUGGUCUGUCUGAGUUCACUGACUUUACACACGACAAGGAGUACAAUGACAACCUGACUUUUUACUUAGUGCUGGCUUUGGCUGUAGUGUCCUUCCUCUUCAUCACGUGUGUAGUGGUUAUUAUAUCAGUGAAAAUCUAC